AUACUCAUUGUUUAUGUUAGCAUAUUCUAACGUAACAUCAACCCUUAGUACAAAUGAGUAUAAGAUCAUAAUGACGAAGAAACACAAAGAUUUCAUCAUUUUCAUACUAUUUAUCUCUUCUUUAUCACCAACCAAAAUGCAAGAUUAAAUUUUUUCCUCUCGACCUUAAGGUAGGUUUUUAACCGAAAGACCCUUUAGUUGAUUAAUGAAUGAGAAAUUCACCAGAUGAUGUUUUAAUAAAUGUUUACAAAUUGUUAAAAUUGCUUGAUUGCUAUGUGGUUAAGUAAAUAAUUAGCAAGAGUUGGAUCGACGGCCAAGAGAUCAGAGCAACAAACAAGAGGGAUGGAUGACCAAGAAAGCAGAACAAAACAUCAAUAAAAAACUUAGGAUGACAGAUAAGGGAUCACAACAAGCUUUGAUUAAAUUCGAGGAGAGAAAGGAACUGUGAGAGAGAAGUGGACUAUGAUUUUCUCUGAUGUCUUAUUGUGUUUAUAUACUAGAAUAUGGGAGCAUUUUUGAUCAUCUUCUUCCAUAUCUUCAACCAAUAACAUAAGUUUUCUAUUGCAUAAUUUUCCAAAGAUGAAGAAAUUUUUAUUUUCAAAUCAUCAUCUUCUCGGUCCAAUAAAAUUUCCUUAGACAAUAAUUGGAGGUAAUAGGAUAUGAAUUGUAUCAUCCAUCAAUUAUUGACAAAUAAUUACUUUGCUCAUUUUUUUCAUUUAGAUUAAGAAAUGUCCGAAAACGGAUAUUUCCAUUGGUUUUACAUCUUAAUUUUUUAGUUUAGAAAAAGUUGAGCAAAAAAACUUUUGCCUGAGGCUUUUUUGGUACUCGUCCUUACCAUAUCGGAAGAAGAGUCAACCACAACUUAGUAACAUCAAUUGUAACAAUUACACUUCCUUUCUGAAUUGUGAUUAAAAUAAAACCUUGGAAAUUAAUGUGAGUAAAUCAAAUACAAUUAAAUCUCAAUGAUCACACUUUUCAUGUAACAAUUAAUCUCAAUUCAUUAAACAACAAUCAACAACAUUUAAAACUAUCAAAACUUAUUAUCAUUAUCAAAUUGUUACAUGAAAAUAAAUCAAAUUAUCAGACACAAUUUGCUAAAACAAAUAAGCAUCUUUCUUAAUUGUGACAUGGUUAUUGAUCAACUUAAAUCAAUUUAAAAUCCAUUGUGACCUCGACUGAUUAAUCAUUGAGACGAAAUGUUAAAUUUAAAUUAUAUACUAAAAGAAUCGUUGGAAUCAAUUAAUUCAACACCGAACAUGAUCAAAGCUCAUGAUCUCAACUCGAAUUCAUAAAAUUUCAAUUGGUCAGAAUUGAAACUCUCAGAUUUUUCCUCUUCUCUCUCUCUCUCUCUCUCAAAUUGACUUCCUUGUCUUCCACUUUCUCCUCCUUCAUCAUCUUCCAUCUCCAUGUGAAAUUCAACCAUAUAAUCAUUAAGAAGAAAGAAGAGAAAAGAAAGAAAAGAAAGAAAAGAAAGAGAAAAAAAAUCUUUCAUGAAUCUCUUAUAUCCUCACAUAGAAUCGUUAUUAUAAAUAUAAUAAUAAUUUUCUUCCUUCCCUUGAAUAACUUUCAACCAGAACUGAAUAGGAAAACUGGUUACCAUGGAUUCUUAAAUUAUCAACAAUCAAAAUAUCAAUAUUGAAGCGAAAACCUUAUUCAACCCUUGAAAGAAUAAUAUAUAAAAAAGAUCCUAGAAAUUAGUUGAUUGUGUCAAUUUAAACAGAGAAAACAAUUUUUACUCUACAAGUGUAUGGAUGAAACAAUCAGUUGAUUGUCAAUGUUAACUGUAGAUGAAUAAUUAAUAGUUCCAUUGGUAACUUUUCUCUGAUUUCUUCUGUUGAUCAACAAUUAAUUCUAAUUGCUUGUUUGGAGAUGAGAUUUCAUGAGAUUGUCUAUGGAUCUAAUAUAUCGUUGAACAAACUUCGAACCCAAGCAACUCGAAUCAAUGAUUCCUCUUUUUGUGAUGGUAUCGUUUUCUCAGCGAAACCAAUUAAACUCAACCAAUUAGUUACUCUUGAAAUUGAAUCUUUUACAUCCAAAUGGAAAGGUUGUCUCAAUGUUGGCCUAACGUGUCGCGAUCCGUUGACCUUUGUAAAGGAAAGGCCACUUGCCAAAUACUCUUACCCGGUGGGCUUAUGUUUAGAGGAAAAUGUUUGGAUUAAACCUUUACCUUCACAUUGGAAUAGGUCAAGACUAAGCUUCCUACUGACCAACACUGGACCAACAACAUCCAAUGGACUUUAUUUGGUAAAUUCAAAUGAAACCCGUUACCAGUUAAUCGGUGACCUUUCCAACCUGGAGUCACAGUUUUGGUUAAUAUUUGACCUUUAUGGUCGGACAACCAGAAUCUCGGUUUGGGAUUACAGUGAGAUGACCUUUAAAAUACCAAUGUCCAUUUCGGUUCAAGGUCCAAACGUAGUUCGAGUCUAUGAAAAAUGUUGCUCCAAAUCGUGCCUACGAUUUAAUAACACGAGGAUAUUUACCAUUGGCCCUCCGGGCACAGGAAAGUCAACACUGAAAAAUUUACUUCUAAAUUCAAGAGAUGAUAAUAAAAGAGUUGACUGUAACUGUAUCUUGGACAAUAAGCUUAAUUGUUUAACUGAUUUAACCGGUGGUUGGAAAACUGAUUUAAUUGGUGAAAUUGAAUACAAUCAACCUGAUGAAGAGACACAAUUUAAGAUGAUGAGUUAUAAUAUAGUGAAAGAAUUAAAAAUUAACAAAUCAAAUAAAGAGGAGAACGAUGAAAAUAUAACUUUAAAUGCUUCGGAAAUAUUGAAAUCGGCACUUAAAUUGUCCAAUCGUAAAUCUGAUCACUUUGACGAUAUAAAUGGUCUUGACAAUCAAGAAACUGUUAAAUUGUUACCAAUUAAAUUACGUGAGAUGAUUGAUAAUCUAUUGGCAAAACAAUCUAAUAUCUCGGAGAUUGGUGAUAUCGACGAGAAGGAGAUUCAAUCAACUGUUUAUACGAAAUACAAUUUUUGGGAUUUCCAAGGAAACUCAUUAUACUUUCUAAUUAAUCAAAUACUGCUCAGUUCUCAGGGUGUUUACCUAAUGGUUAUCGACCUUAGUAAAGAUUUGGAUGAGCCAAUUGAUUAUGGAGAUAAUUUAUUUCAAAAGUCUGAAGGCGAUGAAUCUGAUUAUACACCAUUGAAUUUAAUUCAUCAUUGGUUAUCGUUGAUCUAUUCCCAUGUUUGUACUCAUGUUUUCAUUGAUGACUUCCGAUCAGCUGAAGAUUCAGAGGAUGAUGAAGAUAAUAUUUCCAAUCCAAGAGUAAUCAUAAUUGGUACACAUUGUGAUUCUUUGGGGAAAGUUGAUGACAAUAAUCCUGAAGAUGAAGAAAUGAUGAUCAUGAUGGAGAUGAAGAUGGAGAUAAGGGCCAACAAUCAACUGUCAAUCGACAAUUAACUGC